AUGGGAAUAACAUUCUUCAUGCUUGCCUUUGUACCAACGUCAACGCCAACAAUUGCUUGGGUUAUACUUAUCAUUUGCACUGCUAUGAUCGGCUUCAACAGUGGCACCUUAUUCCGCAGUACGGCUAUCGUUGCUGCGCAACACAAUCUAUCGGUCAUGACUUUAUAUUUCGUUCUCAACUGCCUGGCAGCUCUGCUGCCACCCAUUGUGGUGAACAUUUUCGUUCGCGAUGAUUCUUGGGAUGAGUGGAAGUGGGUUUUUGAACUUUUGAAAUCGUGCACCGUACGAUUUGGUUAA